AUGAACAAAUUCAUAAUUUUUUGUGCGUUAUACUGUGUUGCUCUGGCAGUUAGUCUGUCACCUGAAGGAAGUCAAUGCCAAUGUGGUGAUGGCUCCUCUACUCCAUCUGGGGAGCUGUGUGUUUUCACCAACUGGUGUGGAGGCAGCACUGAUGAGAGACAAGGUUCCCCCAGUGAAAACUGUGAUUUUGAAAAUGAUCUUUGCAAAGCUCUUCAAGAAGAGAAUUUACAGCUUGGAUGGAUUAGAAGAAAUGGUCAAUCUAGUGUGGGACCACCAUACUCUGACCAUAGUGGGAAUGACACUGCUUAUUUCCUUUCUUUGUCCUCUGAAAUGCGAUCUUCUGCAACUUUAAGGACCAUUGUUUUCCUUCCGACUGACCGACACGUUUGCCAGAUUACAUUUCAUUAUUGGAUCAGUCAGGGUGGAACAUUGAUGGUGGGACUUCAAAAGCACUCUGAAGAUGCUAUUGAAAACAUCUGGAAAGAUUCAGGAGAACUGCAAAAUCAGUGGAAAGCAAAUAGUAUCACAAUCAAUAACACUAAAAAGUUUGAGGUUGUCUUUUGGGCGAUGGUGGAAAUGCAAAGGCAACACGAAACUGUUGCGAUUGAUGAUAUUUCUUUCAGUGAAGGAUGUUCUCCAGCAUUUGGACUGCAGACUUCCAGCUUUGAGCUUGGUAUGUGCGAGUGGAAUUUGGAUCAGCCAGCUGAGUUUUUUUCUUGGGCACGACUACAGGCAGGGCACAGGGUUGCCUCUUGUUUUUCUCUGAAAUCUUGCAGCAACAAUACUGAAGGCUGUUUGGUGUGGUUAGAAGCUAAUGACAAUGCAUUAUACAAAAGUGCUUAUCUUAACAGCUCCAUGUGUCAUUGCUCCAGCAAGAAUUGCCAUUUUCAAUUUCAUUACUCCAUGGCAGAUAGCAGCGUUCUCAAGGCAGUACUGUAUACUAAUCAGGAGGAACAUAUCUUGUGGGAAAACAGCAUCGCAACUAACAAGGAAUGGGCCAAAGUGGAUAUACAUAUACCAACAGGGAUAGAAAAAUUAAAGCUUACUUUAAAAGGAACAAUACAGAGCAGGGUGGGGUUCGUCUGUCUGAAUAACAUCCAGUUCUUGGAUACCACACCAUCAGACCCACCAGAUUUCUGCUCCUUAGAAGAAUUCACCUGCACUACUAGGCAAUCCACUGAGCCUGGAUCACCCUGUGACUCUCACCCAGACUGCUCUGAUGGCAGCAACGAGGAUCCAGCAGCCUUCUCUAAUUACACUAUAUGUAAUUUUGAGACUGACUUCUGUGGAUGGAAGCCAUUGAACACAGGUGAUGCUGACUGGCAGAUAAUGAAAGAAGAAGCUCCCUUGGACAGCAGAUUCCCUGACAGAGAUCAUACAACUAAUGCUAGACAUGGAACAUUCAUUUACUUCAAUGGAUCACGUCAGAUGUACACAAAGAUGGCCAUGUCUCAUCUGGGGAGCCCCUUCCUUGUCAAGCUGUCCCCUGGGGUUUCCUGCUGUCAGGUAAGAUUUUGGUAUCGGCUGUCUCAGGGUUCCCAGCUUUCUGUCUUUAAGAGAACUGCCCUGGAUGGAAAUUUGGAAAAACUGUGUGACAUUUCAGGAUUGCCUGAGAUGCAGUGGACAAAAGUGACUAUGCCAAUAGACAGUGCAGCUGGGGGCUUACCUUUUCAGAUUAUUUUCCGAGCUACCAUUCUAACAAUAAAUGCUACUGUUGCUAUUGAUGACAUCAGUAUAACAGAAGAAUGUAGAGUUGUAAAUAAAUCACUAUCAGCUGUAUCAGUUGUCAGGCAACAAACUGAAGGGGGAACAGAAAUGGCAGAAACUAAUUCUUCAUCUCUUUACUGCCCAGUGGGACUUUUCUCAUGCGGGGAUGGACAAUGUAUUUCACCUGACAAACUCUGUGAUUUUACACCUGACUGUUCAAAUAGCCAUGAUGAAGCCAAGUGUUCUGCUGUGUGUGACUUUGAAAGAGAUAACUGUGGUUGGUUUGAAACCGCAAGCGCAGAUGGAUUUGACUGGGUAAGAAGUUCCAGUAGUGCUCUUGCACCUGCUUUUCAGAAGCAAGCUCCUCUGCGGGAUCACACCUACAACAAGUCUGAAGGUCAUUUUCUGUUCAUUUUGAAAAACAGCAGCAGCAUUUCACAAGUUGCUCAGCUACGAAGCCCAAAGUUCACGCAAACUGGAUCAAAUUGCACAAUGUCUUUUUGGUAUUACAAUUACGGUCAGUCAGUUGGAGCGGCAGAGAUGCAAUUGCUUGUGGAUGGGCUGAAAGAACCUACUGUCCUUUGGAGAGUGUAUUACAAUCAUGGAAAUCAAUGGUUGAAGACAUUCAUUCAGCUUGGACGCCUUUCACAUCCCUUCCAGUUUUCACUCAGUAAAAUCAGCCUGGGUUUUUAUGACGGCGUCUCAGCAAUUGAUGAUAUUACAUUUGAAAAUUGUGCUCUUCCACCACCUGCAUCAAGCUGUGAAGGUCCUAAGCAUUUCUGGUGCAGAAGCACAAAAGCAUGUAUUGACAGGUUAUUGGUGUGUGAUCUUGUGGAUGACUGUGGGGAUGGAUCUGAUGAAGACAACUGUAACCCUGACCUACAGUGUAACUUUGAAAAUGGUUUAUGCAAUUGGGAGCAGGACACUGAGGAUGACUUUGACUGGAUCAGAAUACAGGGUCCAACCCCAACGGUUAAUACAGGCCCACUAAAGGAUCACACAACAGGCACAGGCAGGGGACACUACCUAUACAUGGAGUCCUCUGAGCCACACGAAUUUGAAGAUAAAGCAGUUUUGCUUAGUCCUCUCUUCAACCCUUCUAGCAAUGGAACCUGCAUUUUCCGCUUUCAUUAUCAUAUGCUUGGAAACCAAGUUUACUUGCUGUCAGUCUUCCAGAGAACUGUCAGUAAUACCAAGGGAUGGCUGCUGUGGUACAAGUAUGGAAAUCAAGGAAACAGAUGGAUAAGACAGACGCUGCACAUCAGCAGCUCUAAGCCAUUUCAGAUCUUGGUGAAAGGUACAGUAGGAGAUGGCUUCACUGGAGACAUUGGACUUGAUGACAUGUCCUUUCUAGGCUGUACUCUUUACAGUGGAAACUUGCCAACAAUAUCUACAACUCUAUCAGGAACUUCAGUUCCUGCCACACUCCCCAUGAACAACUGCACAGAGAAUGAGUUUGUCUGUAGAGCCUCUGGACAUUGCAUCCAGAUGAUCCAGAGGUGUGAUUUUAGACCUGACUGCUCUGAUAAGUCUGAUGAAUCAGACUGUGCCAUGGAAGUCUGCAAUUUUGAGGAUCAUACCCUGUGCGGAUGGUAUCAACCAGCCUUGGAACAAAAUUCAAGAACUGAUUCCAUCCACGACACAAAUAUAUUUAAGUGGGAACUUGGAAGUGGAGCAAAUCUAUAUCCUGGGGAAGAAGAACACUGCCCAUCAACUGAUCAUACUACGUAUACUGUAGAAGGCUGGUAUUUGUUUGCAGACAGCUCAAAUGGAGAAUUUGGUCACACUGCUGACAUCGCUACUCCAGUGAUCUCCCUUACGGGGCCCAAGUGCAAAAUCGUGUUCUGGAACCAUAUGAAUGGUUCAACAGUAGGUUCUCUGGAGGUACUCUGUAAAACUGGUAACAAGAUUUCUAAACUAUGGACUCAAAGUGGCAGCCAAGGUCCACAAUGGAACAGAGCAGAAGUGUUCUUGGGAAUUCGUUCAAAUUUUCAGAUUCUUUUCAGAGCAAAACGUGGUGUCAGUUACAUGGGAGAUGUGGCAGUGGAUGAUAUUACUUUUGAAGAUUGUUCCCCUUUGCUCAUCCCAGACAGACCUUGCACAUUACAGGAAUUCACAUGUGCCAACAAGUACUGCAUCCCAAAGGAUAAUCUUUGUGAUUUUGUAAAUGAUUGUGCAGAUAACUCAGAUGAGAGCCCUGCCAUUUGCAGUACCUCUAUUGGGCAUUGUGAUUUUGAGUUUGAUAUUUGUGGAUGGAAGCAAGAUGAAAAUGAUGAUUUUGACUGGAGCCUCAGAACGAGCAGUACUACAAAAUUGGGCACAGGACCAGCUGCUGAUCAUACAUUGCAAGAGCCAUCUGGUCAUUAUAUUUUUAUAAAGAGUUCAUUUCUUCAUCUGCCAGGACAGAAAGCCAGGAUUGCUAGCCCUGUGCUAAGCAGAUUGAAUAAAAACUGCAAGAUACUUUUCUAUUACCAUAUGUAUGGAGCUCACAUUGGAUCAUUGAUUGUCUACCAGAGGACUAUGUCAAAACAUGAAAGAAUCCUCCUUAGUCUUACUGGAAACCAGGGAAAUUUCUGGCAGAGCCAGACACUGAACCUGACUGGAGAUGGAGAGGAAGAUUUCCAAGUCAUCAUUGAAGGGAUAGCUGGAAAAGGUCCCAAAGAUGGCAUAGCACUUGAUGACAUCACAUUAUCUAAGGAGUGUUUACCAUUCCAGGAGUUUUUACCAGCAGAACCCACAACACUGCCUCCAACUGGCUCCUGCUCACAUGGCUAUUGGCAAUGUCAGAACGGCAAGUGUUACAGACCAGAACAAAGCUGUGAUUUUGAAGACAACUGCGGGGAUAAUACAGAUGAGAGUGAAUGCGGCACUUCCUGCACCUUUGAGAAUGGCAGAUGUGGCUGGCAAAAUUCCCUGGCAGACAAUUUUGACUGGGUGCUGGGGGUCGGCUCACCUCAAAGUCUAAGACCUCCCAGGGACCACACGCUUGGAAAUAGAACUGGAAAAUUCCUAUAUCUUGAGGCCACUGCAAUAGGGCUUAAAGAUGAAAAAGCCCAUGUGAAGAGUUCCAGAUUGAAAGAGUCAAGCGGGAGCUGUGUGAUGAGCUUCUGGUACUUUAAGUCAUCAAAAGCCACAGGAUAUAUUCAGGUUCUGAUUAAGACUGAUGUUGGAACAGUGAAAAUAUGGAGUGAAUCAGGAAAUCAUGGUGAUGAAUGGAACAAAGUUAAGUUACACUUGGGGAAGCUGAGAAAUUUUGAAGUUAUCUUUGAAGGCAUUCGUACCAGAGACCUAGGAGGAGGAGCAGCAAUAGAUGACAUAGAGUUCAACAACUGUACCACAGCUGGAGAGGAUCCAAAGGAAUGCCCUGCCCUCACUGAUUUUAUGUGUUGGAAUAAGGAUUGCAUAGAAUCUCAUUUUGUCUGUGACUAUAAACCGGACUGUAAAGACCUAUCGGAUGAAGCUGACUGCAGUUACUACACAAGUAUUCCUGGAAGCUGUAACUUUGAAACACAAGAGCAAGAAUGGACAACUGUAUGUGGAUUAAUACAAGACUCUAGGGAUGAUUUUGACUGGAAUGUUAGCAAAGGUGGUGACUCUGGACAAAAAGGUCCUCUUACUGACCAUACACCAGGUAAAGGACAACGUUUUUUGUAUGUAAACUCAUCUAACCAGAAGGAAGGAAAUAGAGCGAAGAUAAUUACUACCAAAUUCUUCCCAGCCAGCCUUGGGGUCUGCAGAGUUCGGUUCUGGUUCUGGAUGUUUGCUUCUAGGCAAACAGGAGUCUUAAAGGUAUACACGGUUGAAGAACAUGGAAUGGAUAUUCUUAUGUGGUCUUCUAGUAGAAAUGAAGAAAACAAAUGGAUGUAUGCAAAUGUGGUCCUCUCCAGUAACAGCCCUUUCAGAGUUGCUUUUGAAGCUGAAGUGGGGCAGAGUGAACCCACAGAAUUUGCUCUCGAUGAUAUUUCUUUCACCCCAGAGUGUAUGGAUGGAGGACCAGCUGAACCACGGCCUCCAGCUUGCAGCAGUGACCAGUUCACGUGUGCAUAUGUGCAGCAGUGUUUGUCCCUGGAUGCAAAAUGUAAUGGUGUUCAAGAUUGUGUGGAUGGAAGUGAUGAAAUGAACUGUCCCACAAGGACCCCUUCCACUGUAUCUCCGAACUCCUGCAAACAAAUGGAGUUCCUUUGUCCUUCCAAAGGCUGCAUCCCAGCCCUCCUGAUAUGCGAUGGUGUGCCUGAUUGCCCCCUUAACGAAGAUGAAGUUGGCUGCUCCCUUACAGAUUGUUUCAAUGGUUCUUUGUUAUGCACGUCAACUAAUCGAUGCAUAGCAGUCUCCCAGCGUUGUGAUGGCAUUGCAGACUGCAUUGAUUUCAGUCUUGAUGAGUCCAGCUGUUCAGUUUGUCCUGAAGAAUACUGCAAAAAUGGAGGAACCUGCAUCAUCAAAGAUGACAUUCCUUUAUGCCAAUGUGGAAAAGAAUGGAAAGGAAACCGUUGUCACAUAAGUGCUAAGCCUCUUCAACCUCCAAUUUCAAGUCUCCUUAGAAAAGAUAUUUGGAUUGGGUUGGGUAUCGGUUUCUUGCUGAUUAAAAUUGCAGCUGCUGCCUUGUGUUUCCUAUGGAAGAAGAAAGAGCCUGAAAUGAAACGAGAGGAAACGACUAAUACUUCAUUUGCCAACCCAUUGUAUGAAGACCUUAAUUCACCUGGGAAAGUAAAGUCUCCCGGGUACACCACCUCACCCACUGUACAAAUCAGUGUUUCUCCAUGGCAUGAGUAUCCAUUCAAUGAAGGUGUGAAUGCUACCUCUUUUCUAAAUCCUCUCUAUGGUGAGGCAACAGAAGACAUGGAGAAAUUAUGCAGUUCCUUGAAAAUAGACAGAAAACAGGAUUAAUAUUGCUUGUGACUCUUUGCCUGAAGAUUUGUUCUAAAAUCUGAAAGUAUAUUAUGAUACUGCAGCAUUUGCAAUACGAAUGAAUAACUCCCUACAUAAUACUCUUUUAUUGGUAUAAUUAUAUUCAGAAUGCAACAUUACAUUGAAAUGGAAUACAUAAAUAUAUAUAUAAAUGUAUAUCAAUCCAUAUAUACAUAUGUAGUCUUCUUUCAUAUUUCUGUUGAUGCAGAAAUGGAUUGGUAACUAUAACUGUGAAUUCAUUUUGCGUUUGGGCAAUUCAAAUUCCCGUAUGUUAAUAAAAUGUUUAAUCCAAUCCAAAUUCCUGAGGUCUGAGAAUCAUAAUUUUGUGCCUAUUAUUUGAGAAAUGAAAACAAACAUUUUUGUAAUUUUACAUUAGAAAGGGAUUUUAAAUGGCUGUUCUAGUGUUCCAAGGGGCAGAAGAAAAAGGAAAGUAUUUUUAUAAUUAGAUGCAUAUCAAGCUAAUAAAAAAUGGUCAUAAAUCAUGGAUAUGAAUAUCAGCUCAGUAUGUGAUUCAGCAAUGUGACAUACUGGUAUGUACAUUUAUUUUAAAUA